GGUUUGAACCUCGUAGGGACUCGUACUCUCUUCCCGCCAUUCCCUGGAGAGAAAGCGAAGCUCCGCCCCUCUCCUCGAUCCGACGGCGAGGCCUUGUGAAGUCUUUGAGCUUCUUUCACAGCUUCUGUAGCGUCGGCGCUUGCUGUUUGCGUCAUUUCCGGCCGGCGCGAGACGGAGCGGUCAACCGACUGCAGAGCAACAUGCCCAAGUUUUAUUGUGACUACUGCGAUACGUACCUCACCCAUGAUUCCCCAUCUGUGAGAAAGACACACUGCAGUGGUAGGAAACAUAAAGAGAAUGUGAAAGACUACUAUCAGAAAUGGAUGGAAGAGCAGGCUCAGAGCCUGAUUGACAAAACAACGGCUGCAUUUCAACAAGGAAAGAUCCCUCCUACUCCGUUCUCGGCUCCUCCUCCAGCAGGGGCAAUGAUCCCACCUCCACCCAGUCUCCCGGGUCCUCCUCGCCCUGGCAUGAUGCCAGCACCCCACAUGGGAGGCCCUCCUAUGAUGCCAAUGAUGGGCCCCCCUCCACCCGGGAUGAUGCCAGUGGGACCUGCUCCUGGAAUGAGGCCACCCAUGGGAGGCCACAUGCCAAUGAUGCCUGGGCCUCCAAUGAUGCGCCCACCUGCUCGCCCCAUGAUGGUGCCCACUCGGCCAGGAAUGACUCGGCCAGACAGAUAAAGCCAGAGGGGUGGCCUCUUUAUGUCAGUUUUGUAUUAUUUGUUCUACAUCACCAGGAGAUCAUGAUACUGUGACUGUGGGUGUUUUCUAACAGCAUAAGGAAGACUUGCUCCUUCUUCCUGUCAGACUAGUUUUGAAGGGAGAAGUGAGAUAAACAAAAAUGCAGGAAUUAUAGUUUCAUUUGUAUUGUGAAAUAUAAAAAUAAAAUUGUCAGCUCUUUAGUUAAAA